AUGGAUAAUAACGGGCCAUGGGAGAAGAAUCCGGCUGUCGCUGUGAGUGCUGCUGGCAGCGCCGGCAGCGGCGGUCACGGUUCCGCCAGCGCAACGACAUUGGCCAGCGGUGGCACCACAACGACAACCACCGUAACGCCAAUCACCACAGUCGCUGGCAUUAAGCCGCUGCAACAGCAAUUGCAACAACAAUUGAUGCAUCAGCUGCAACAACGGCAGAUGCAGCAGCACCAUCAACACCACCAACAUGUACAGAGCGCGGCUAGCGCUGGCGCCGGCAACGGCACUGGCACCGGCACCGGCAUCGGCACCGGUAGUGGCAGUGGCAUAGGCUCGGCUAGUGGCAAUAAUUUGGCUACGGGUGGCGGUGGGCAUUCGCAUUUGCAUGUGACCCAUUCGCAUCCGCACCAACACGCCCACGCGCACACCCAUACACACGCACAUCAGCAUGUGCUUCACCAAGGCGCUGGCGGUGCACUGCUACAACAACAGCAGCAGCAUCAACAAAAGCAAUUGCAGCAUCAGCACUCGCAUCCACCGUUGGCGCCACACGCACAUCCGCCGUUGCAGCAUCAUGUCUCGCUGGGCGGUGCCGGCAGUCAUCGCUAUCAGUCCAUGGUGGCGGCUGUGGUACAACAGCAGCAAUUGCAACAACAACAUCAACAACAACAGCAGCAACAGGCUACGCAGCAGCAAGCUCAGCAGCAACAACCACAACUACAGCAGCACCAUCACCAUCGCCAGCAUUCCACGCCGCAACAUCACCGCUCGUCAUCGCAACACUCCGCCACCACCAUAAGGCGUCGCACACUCUCRCACGUUUCACGCUCUUAUUCGGCGUCCGCGGCCGCCGCAGCCGUAGCAGCAGCAGCAGCUGCCGCCUCGUCCAAUGCGAAUGCGAAGAACUCUAAYGGUGGUGGUGGUGGCGGGGGCAGCAUACAGGUCGCCACGAGUGUGGAACGCUCACGUUGCCGUUCACCAAUGAUGCUGUGCCACAGCCACAGUGACGGCGAGUUUCCCAUGUACAAAGCGGCCGUACUUGUACUUAUAAAUAUGCGUAGCAUGUGUUGCGCCUGGGAUCAGCUACCUGCUGGCACGCACUGCAAAGGCCCAUCAACAUCGAAGUCCUCAUCGUCAGCGGCGGCGGCAGUGCAGCACUACAGCGAGCAGCUGGAACGCACCUCAGCCACGAAGCGGCUGACGGCGAAGCCUCCCACGCGUGCACAGCCCCAUUCACAGCAGCAUCGCUCGCAGCCACAGUCGCCGUCGCCGUCGUCGUCGCAGCCGCACCACCGUUACAGACGGCACCAUCACCACCACCAUCAUCAGAGCCAGCCGUACAACCAGCGGCAAUGCUAUUAUCAGCACAAUGGGCUGCAGUAUUCGUACCAGGAGUACGGUGUUGGCGGCGCUAGUGGCGGAAAGAUGACGAGCAACUGUCGGAAACGGAAACUACUGUAUUUCUUUAAAACAGGGCGUAUGAGUAAUGUUUCCUUUCGCGAGUAA